CGACGACGACGACGACGACGACGACGACGACGACGACGGCGGCGACGACGACGACGACGACGACGACGACGGCGACGGCGACGACGACGACGACGAUGACGGCGGCGACGACGACGACGACGACGAUAGAAGCGAGGCCUGUCGUUACUUGCACAUAUCGUUCACAAAAUAUCUCGGUAACAUCUUGCUAAUCGAGACGGACAACGUUACGACGAGCGCUUUCUUCACUGCCUACGCUUCCACUUUACCGUUCUCGUUUUUUCUUUUUACUCUUUCUUUCUCUCUCUUUCUUUCUUUCUUUCUCUUUCUUUCUUUCUCUUUCUCUCUCUCUCUCUCUCUCUCUCGCUCUCUCUCGCUCCCUCUCGCCGCUCUCCUUACACCGCACGCGCCCACCGUCCCAGUGUCAGAGCCAAACACAUAAAAUGGCGAUCCCGAGACGAUGCAGCUUUCUGGGGAAGCCUCGAGCAUCGACUAGUCGGCUAUAUAGCGACAGCUCGCCUCUCCGCAACGGCCUGAACUGCGGUCGAUUCUUGCUUCGAUGGCGCCAAUCGACCGAAGCGCUCUCUGUCGGCGGAAAAUGAAUUAGUUGUAUAUAUUCUCAGAAGGGAUUACUUCGACGGAACUGCUACCUAGCGGUACGGAUAAAUUACGAAUAAGCUGCCUUUCCUGGUAUUCGGAGAUCUUCGAUAAGAUCGCACGAUCUACGUAUAACCUCGUAAACUAGCGACUACUGUUUUGACAGCUCUAAAAUAACGGAGCGAUCCGCACAAUUUUGCAUUAUGAGUAUUCGUAAAGAUUAUUUUAUAUUUAUUUGACAAAUAAUAAAACGUUUCUAACUUGCUGUAUACUUGUAAAAUUCUCGAAAGAAAUAUGUCUGCAAUUAUAGACGAUAAAGUGGUUGCGGGAGCAAAAAGUUUAAAUACUAUUAAAGAAGAUCCGAUUGUAGCAUUGACAGAAAAAGUAAAGUCUCUUUAUUUCUUUCGGGAUCAUUAUUUUGAAAAUCAUCUUAUUAAAGAAGCUAUUAGAAAAAACAGUGAUGUGGAGAAAGAAAUGAAAGAAACUAUUAGUAAAUUCGAUGAAUGUAAAGGUUAUGAAAUAGACGGUAGCCGAGCAAAGUAUUAUUAUUUAAAAGGAAAGGCUUUAAAUGUUGUAGAUCGUUAUAUUCCUCAAGCCGAAGAGCUCUUGAGUAAGGCUGUAAAAUUAGAACCAAAUUUAACCGAAGCUUGGAAUGAAUUAGGAGAAUGUUAUUGGAAGAACGACGACAUUCAGCAGGCUAAGAAUUGUUUUGUCGGUGCUUUAUCUCAUGGUAAAAAUAAAGUCUCUUUACGUAAUCUAUCUAUGGUAUUAAGACAAGAACCAACUUCGACUACAGAACAACGUGCACAGAAUAUUCAACAAGGCGUCGAAUAUGCUAAAGAUUCUGUCAGUUUAGAUACGACCGAUGGUACCUCUUGGGCAAUAUUAGGAAAUGCUUAUUUGUCAUCUUUUUUUACACUAGCACAAAGUCCAAACACUUUACGUCUUUGUAUGUCAGCAUAUGCACAAGCAGAAAAAGAUAUUGUAGCAAGAAGUAAUCCAGAUUUAUUUUAUAACAAAGCUAUUGCAUUGAAGUAUCAAGAGGAAUACAAUCAAGCAUUAAAUUCGUUUGAAAGAGCAAUGUCAUUGGAUCCUACAUGGGAAACUCCAUGCAAUAAAAGAGAUGAACUGUUACAAUAUUUAAAAGACGUGCAGAAUUUAGUAAAUACAAAUGGGCGUGUUAAACCUAAAAGGCUUUAUCAAAUGAUUAGGGCAUUGGAUGCAAAACACUUAGGACCAUAUAAAGGUGGAUCAUUUACAUCUGGUGAAAAAUCUAUAAAGUUAGAUUUAACUCCAUUGAAAAGCAUAGUGCUUGGAGUAAAUAGGGAGAAAGUUAUACUUGGGAAAGUAGUAUGCUGGAUUCAGGAUUCCGAUUGUGUCCCUUUUGCAUUUUGUCUUGUUGACCAUGAGAAAACGUGUAUUGCCGUUACGCUAUAUAAUUUAGCUAAGGGCCGAGGAGUUACGGUUGGUGAUUCGGUCGCUAUUCCAGAGCCUUUUGUGAUACAUCACAAAUUUUCUUACAUGAACAAUGAUUUCGACUUCAAGUCUAUACGCGUCGAAACACCGAUCAUAUUAGUUGUUAAUGGAAAAAAAUUGGGUAUUGAACAACAAGCUGGAGUUAAGUUACAUACCUUUAAAAAGACCGACUGAGAUAAAUUUUUAAAACAAAUAUUAAAGUAAUUUCAUGAAAGUUGAUCACCGCAUUAUCAUAUAACUUUGUUUAAUUUUAUAAAGAAAAUAAGAUGGUAUUAGAGAAAGCUUGCAAAAAAACAUCUUUGCGAGUAAUAAUUUCUAAUAUCGCGGUAAAUAAGAUUCUCUCACGUUUUAUAUAUGUAUAUAUACAUAUAUAAAACAUUAGUUUAUAACGAGUUUUAUAUACUUUCGAUUAUUUUCGUGCUGUUGCACGUUGAAACUUUACUUACUAUAGACCUUUAAUGGAUUACUUUAGCACAAACAUUCACUUCAUUUAAAAGAGAAGGAUCUAUUCGUAUGGUUGCAUAAUUUACAUUAUUUGUGUAUUAUAGGAUGUAUUUUCAGUCUAUUAUUUACGUUGAUUGUUGAAGACUCUUGAAAACAUGUUUGAUAUGUUUAUGUUACACUAAGUUAUUGUAUUAUCAUGUUGUAUCGUAUUAAGAAUGUUCACUGACUACGUAGUAAAACACACAGUGAGCUCCGAGUUCUAUAAUCGAUGGCGUUGAUAUCCAAUAUAUGCGUGAUAUAAGAAGGCACGUCAUUUUGCAAUAUUUGAAAAAUAUUUUUUUUUCUUGUUAUAGAUGUCAAUUAAUAGUGAUACUCUUUAUAGAAAAUAUAUGUAUAGAUACUUUCCUUGUCCGUAACCUGAGAAAGAAUUUAAAGCACAAUAUUCUAAAGACAAUCUGAAUAUCGAGUCGGUACAAUUACAGUUUGCAUAAGUUUAAAUCGACCCAUCUAUAUAUGAUGAAUGUACAACAAAUAAUUAAUUCUACCGAUAAACAAUAUAUACAAGUCUUUUAUCGAAAUACUUUUUAAAGAGCACAAUAUAUGAAUUGAUACGCGUAAAUAGCGUUUUUUCAUCGUUUAAAAUACUAUAAUAUAAUACGAUCAAAUUUCGAUAAAAACAUAUUCAAUUCGGCAGUGAUCAUGUAUAAUAAUAGAAAACUGCGUAAAAUCACCAAGUUCGCAUUGUUUUCUAAUAUCUAACCCCAAUAGAUUCAUCGUGCCAAUAGAAUAAGUUUUUCUCGUAUAUGUGUAUAUAUAUAUAUUUAAAAAAAAAGGAAAAAAGAAAAAAAAAACAAAAAUAACGACGACAACAAUUAUCCUCAUUACCGUCCAACAUAUGUACGUCAGACACUUUAAUCCUAAUAUCAAACGAAUUAACGUAAAUAAUCAAACGGAAAACGCCGCUGCUUUAUUAACAGAAAAUUUCCCGUUAAAAUGUUCAACGUGUUACGUCUAUAAAUCUUUAAACUUAAAAGCAGUCCAUCGAGCGCGAUUGAUUCAUUACUAAUUGAACUUUCUUUCGUUUCUUCUUACUCGAGAAAAUCACGAUGAAAAUAUUAAUUUGAUAGAUCGAUAUUCUAUAUGACGUUCUAAUCAGCGCGUUUUCCGAUCAGAGAUCUUAUUGAAUAACGCUUGUGAUAUAUGAAAAACUUUUUGUAUAAAAAUGUUUUCUAUUAACGAUUAUAAUAAUAAAUACUUAUUUAUAACAAUAACAGUUGGGCUAAAUACGUGAAAAGUCAUGUGUACGUAAUAUAUAGUUUAGUACGGCUUCCAGGAACGUUUAAUCAAAGAGGAAAUCCGUGGAAUCACCGAACCGGUUUUCGAUCAUCAGCCGAAUCAUCUCGAAGAUCGUACCACCAUAUUCCUCUAACGUCCUUAACUUGGACGCGAAUCACAACGAAACGAAGGCUUCUUUUUUUCUUUUUUCUUUCUUUUUUUUUUCUUUUUUUACGACGUAGCAUUCGUCGAGUCGCAAAUUUGACCAUCUCUUCACAUGUUCACUUCCCAAAGCUUAAAAUAAUUGUCGAUCACUUCUAGGAACCACUCGCGUCUCUUCGAAUCCUUGAAAACUGGUGCCAAGGUACGAAGUUGAAGUUGUAACAGUGCCUCGUUUCCGAGCAAGCCAUCCAAUUGUCUAAGCAAGGUCGCAUCACCAUGAAGCUUUAGCAAGCUCGCAUACGAGAAGAUGUAAUACUGUACUCGGAGUCUCUCGACUGCCCAAGCUUCUACUGAACGAUUACCGCUUGCUGAUUGUAUGGCACCCAUAUGCUCGGCGUACCAAGAUCUUUACGGAGAAAAUUUUUGCCUACGCACCAUUUCUAAAGUUAUUUACCAAGCGAACAACGUCACCCAUGCAUCGAAUUGCGAAAAUCCGAUUUGCCGACGAUGGUAAAUUUUCAACCGACUUUAAUUAUGUCCUAUUUACUUAACCGAUAUUCGACUCGGCAAUUUUUUUAUUCGGGUAUAAAGUAUUCUUAAAAAAAAAACAUAGCGGCUAUAAAAUAUACAAAAUGGGAUUUUAUAACACUCUUUUUCAAUUACUUUUAUAAUAAACAAACUAUAAUAUA